GAGGCUAUGGACGGGCGAGUGGAGGGAGGAGGGGAAAGCACACGUCUCCGCAACCAGGUGCAGAAGGAUGCGGAUGACUGUACGGAAGAAUGUGGUUGUGGUGGGCAUGGUCUUGUGUCUCAUGGCUGUGGGUAUGCUAGCUGAGGCAGCGGCGACGGCCGGGCCGGGCCGGGCGGCGGGAGGCACGCCGCCUAUGAGCAAGGCUGACGGGAUGGGCAAGAGCAAGAGCAAGAGCAAGACGGUGGGCGAUGAUGGUGGGCGCGUGGAUCGGCGUCGUGGCGGAGGAGCGGUGAGUGGAGGCAGCAAGGAUGGCGACGUGGUCGGCUCGGCCAAGGGCAGCUCACAGACGGCGGCGGCGGCCAACGACGACGACGGUUUUGUGGCGUCGUCGAUGGCGGCGCUCUCGAUGAUUAUUGUGUCUGAGAUUGGCGACAAGACGUUCUUCAUUGCUUGCAUUCUCUCGAUGCGGCACCCGCGGAUGAUUAUCUUUCUGGCAGCGCUGGCAGCGCUCGGCUUUAUGACGGCCAUCUCGGCGGCCAUGGGCUGGGUCGUCCCGCUCCUCGUUCCGCGGGAGUACACCCACUGGAUCGCCACGAUUUUGUUUGCCAUCUUUGGCGUUCGCCUGCUCAAAGAGGCGCACGAGAUGCAGGGCGAUGAGGAAAACGACGAGCUGAUCGAGGUGCAGGACGAGCUUCGCGAGAAGCACCUCAUGUCAUCUGACUCGGAGGAGGCCGACGUCGAGGCUGGGCUUGCCGGCGGCGCAACCAACUUUGGCAUUUCACUGCAGGACGCCGGGCCGGGCACGCCGCGGCGGCCGCGGUCGGGCAAGAAGGCGCGCAAGGGCUCGGCCGCUCCGUGGUAUGCCAUGCUCGUCUCGCCCAUCUUUGCGCAGUGCUUCCUGCUCACCCUCCUCGCCGAGUGGGGCGACCGCUCGCAGAUUGCAACCAUCAUCAUGGCCGCCUCGCGCAAUCCGUAUGGUGUCACCUUUGGCGGCACUCUCGGCCAUGCGCUCUGCACCGGCGUCGCUGUUGUCGGUGGCCAGGUCCUCUCCGAGCGCAUCUCGGUCAAAUCGGUCUCGUACGUCGGCGGCGCGCUCUUUGUUCUCUUUGCCAUCACUUCACUUGUCCAGGGGCCCGACGACGGCGGCUCAGUGUAGCCACAAUGAACACUCUCUUUAAGCCA